UGAUGCUUGCGCGCAGAAAUUAAUAUCCUUGCGCGCCUGGGUGCUUGCCUGCUCUAAGCCACUGCAGCGCGCGCACAGAAGUACAGGUGUCGGCACGCAAGUUGGAACUAAGGAACAACACUGAACCAAGAAGACCCAUCAACACUUAAAGCUUCAGUUCCUCAGUGACCAAGAUUAUCUAGGAUAAUAUGGAAACCAAACUAACAAAGGAGCAAGAAAGGGAGUUGUGUCGCCUACUUGGAAACGUCAAACUCCGUUUUUUGUACAAGGCCACUGUCCAUGGUCACACAGCGGCUGUCUUUCACCAGCUAUGUGACCGCCAAGGUCCCACACUCACUAUAGGAUACAACUCCUCUGGGUGCAUCUUUGGAGGAUACACUACCAAAGAUUUUGGCGUAACCGGUCAAUACGUCCAGGAUGACAAAGCUUUCCUGUUCAGCUAUAACGGGAGGAAUAUUGUUAAGUAUCCUGUCACAAAUAUCACACAAGCGCUUUAUCAAGUGAGCAGCACUGGCCCCUAUUUUGGAAAUGAUUUGAUUUUUUUACCAAAUAACACAAGGACUGUUCAGUCUACUCCAGGAAACUAUUACAACUUUAAUGCAGUUGAAAUGCAUGGCAACAACCUGAAACUAACUGAAUGUGAAGUGUUUCAAGUGGAAGAGGGUAUUGACUUUCUGGAGAAACCAUGGAGGAACAUCAUUUGGGAAGCUGAGAGAAAAAAGGAGCUGAUAGAAUCCAUUAAGCAGUACAAGCCCAUUAUCAGUUCAGUGUCUCGGGCCAAGGUUCUGCUCAUUGGUCCCGUUGGUGCUGGAAAGUCCAGCUUCUUCAACUCCAUCAACUCCAUCUUCAGAGGGCAUGUGGCCAACCAGGCUUUAUCCGGAAGCUCUAGCACCAGCCUCACCACUCGGUUUCGUACCUACUCUGUGAAGGCUGGACGAGAGGGCAAACCCCUGCCAAUCAUAUUGUGUGACACCAUGGGAUUGGAGGAGGCCACAGGGGUGGGAAUAGAUGUGGAUGAUGUCAUCAGCAUUCUUAAAGGUCACAUGCCUAACAGACACCAGUUCCAUCCCUCAGUCCCUCUCCAAACAGUUGAUAAGUCAGCACAGCUGAAGGAUCAGAUCCAUUGUGUUGCCUAUGUUAUCGAUGGCUGCAAGGUCUCCAUCAUGUCUGCCAAAAUGGAGGCAAAACUGUCUGCCAUUCGCUGGAAGAUCAACCGGCUAGGCAUCCCUCAGCUGGUUCUGAUGACUAAAGUGGAUGAGGCCUGUCCCGAUGUGGCAGACGACCUCAGGAACAUCUACGUCAGCCAGUACAUUAGGACAAAGGCGCAGGAAGUCAGUGUCCGUCUCGGUGUUCCCCUGUCCUGUGUGCUUCCUGUGAAGAACUACAGCGAGGAGCUGGAGCUGGACCUGAGCACUGACAUCCUGCUCCUCACUGCUCUGGUCCAGAUGCUGCGCAGCACUGACAGCUACUUUGAUGACGUCAGUGAGCUAGAUGUGCAUGACUAGAUGGGUGCAUCUCAAUUGUCAGGAGUGGCUACCUCUCCUAAGUGCAUAUCAGUGUGAUGAUCAGCCAAUCAGGAUUCGAGACCAGACCCCUGUGUUUUGGCCUCCCGCCUGCAUGGUGCCCCUGCUUAUCUGGUGAGUCACUGGGGGGCCCCCUGCCCCUUCAUGUAGAAUGAAAAUGCAUCUUAAAAAGAGCACCACUGUAAAGAUGUAUUUGGCUUUUAUUGGGGCCCUGGUAGCUCACUGGUUAAGUGUGUGUACCAUGUAAGUGGAGGUCUUACCGCAGGGACUGGGGUUCAAAUCCCACUUGUCUGUCUUCACUGAUCUGUCGCAAAUUAAGCAGAAAUGUGCCACAAUCAAAUGUAUCUUUAAAAAAAGCAAGCUGAACUUAAGUUGGGUGAAAAUGUAAGUACAGCCAAGCCUCUAAAUAUUUUGACAGUAAUUAAAAAAAUGGGUUUGAACUGCACUCCAAUAAAGCAACAAUUAAACAGUG